AUGGACUUGCAAGAGUUUGAGCAAGUCAAGCGAACCAUCAGCUCCGGCAGCAACCUCGGCCGUGUGGACAAGGAUGUCUACUACUGGGAGCCCAAGUCCCUCCGAAUCAGGACCAUCAACUGGUCGUAUGUCUUCCUGGCAGAGUACUUGCCCAUGGCGUAUGGCCUCGCCAUCGCUACUGUCAGCUGCCUCAUGGUCUCCCAGCUGUACAUGUGGCGCUUGGAAGACUUCCGGCGUGCCUGGCAUUUGUUGCAGGAGCCGCUGGUGAUGCAAGUCAUCGGGGCUGCCGCCCUGAUCUUGGCCUACAUGAGCCAGCACAAGCCUUCUGUGUAUUGUUUGGAGAACUUAGUGUACAAGCCGCCACAAGAUUGGGAGGUGUCGCAGAAGCAGAUCGUGAAAAUGCUGGAGGCGCAGCAUUGUUUUAACGAAGCCUCCAUUGACUUCCAGCAGCGGAUCCUGGAUAAUUCGGGCACUGGCCCGUCCACGCAUUGGCCGCCAGGCAUUCUCGGCUCCAGAGAUGGCAACACCGAGGCUGUGUGCAAUAUGGCGGCUGCGCGGAACGAGGCGCAGGAGGUGAUGUUUUCGCUGGUGCGAGACCUGCUGAAGCGCAGCAAGGUGAAGCCUCAGCAGAUUGAUUUCCUCAUUGUGAAUUGCUCCCUGUUUUGCCCCACACCCUCGCUCUGCGCGAUGGUGUGCAACGAGUUCGGGCUGCGCCAGGAUGUGCGAUCCUACAACUUGGGGGGCAUGGGCUGCUCCGCAAACGUGAUCUCAGUAGAUCUUGCCAAGCAGCUGCUGGAGAACCGCCCGGGAUCACGGGCUCUGGUGAUAUCCAUGGAGAACAUCACACAAAACCUGUACAAGGGCAACGACAAGUCGAUGCUGCUGCAGAAUACGCUUUUUCGCUGCGGUGGCUGUGCGCUGCUUCUCUCCAGCCGGGUUCUGGACUCUAUGAAGGCCAAGUACAAGCUUUUGUACACCUUCCGCUCACAGCUGUCGGAUGACAAUUCCUACAACUGCGUGUACCAGAAGCAGGAUAGCGAGGGCAACAGUGGCGUGGCCCUGUCCAAGGACAUUGUGAAGGUUGCGGGCCGCGCCUUGCGCCAGAACUUUGUUCAACUUGGCCCUCACGUGCUGCCAGUUCGAGAGCAGGUAAAGGUGCUUUGCAACCACUUCAUGAUGAGGCUGACUACCCUUGCAAAGCAGAGGGCUUGGCCUCUGUCGGCGCGGCUGGCGACUCCGGAGGGCUACACGCCCAACUUCAGCAAGGGCAUCGACCACUUCUGCAUCCAUGCAGGUGGGCGUGCCGUGAUUGAAGGCGUGCAGAAAAACCUCAAGUUGACCGAGCGCCAGAUCAGACCGUCUGUGCAGACGCUCUAUGACUGGGGCAACACCUCUUCCUCCUCUAUAUGGUAUGAGACUGAAUGGAUUGAGAGGUUUGGCGAUUUGCACCCCGGUGAGCGAAUCCUCCAAAUCUCGUUCGGCAGCGGCUUCAAGUGCAACUCUGCAGUUUGGGUUGCGCUGCGCCUGGACAGAUCCAAGCAAGGACAGCCGCUGAAACCUGCAGAGGUGUCGAAGCACAGCAUUCACAGCGAGAAGGGCAACGCCGCCAAGGAUCUCGGCGGCUGUGCUGAAGGGGCAGCGAAGAGCUUACGAGACACUGGAGGCAAGCGGUUUCAACCAGGAGGCUGUGUGGGGUGCAAGUCUCGCACCGGGGCAGACGAGACCAGCGCAAACAGCGUGGAGGCUUGUACCCCGGAGCAAGGCGAGUGCUACUUCGAGGCAGCUGGAGGCGGCGGCGUGUCGCGCCCUGGCCAACAGCUUUUAGUGUCGGCCACUGGGCGAGCCCCAGCUGGCGAUGCUGAGCUGGGCUGCUGGGCCCAUGCUGCUUUGGAGCACCUGCGGUUUCCGGUGUUCGGUGCCACUGCUGGCCAGGCUGGAAGGGUGAACGAGGAGCAGGGCACAGCCAACAUCGCUUGGAGAUUUGCGCAGCUUGGCUUGAAGGAGCCUCGAACCCAGAUCUUGGUCGUGAAUGCGCAGCCACUCCUUCCAGAGCUCACUUUGCAGGGCCCAGCCAAUGCUGCUCAAGCGCUUUGUGAACCGUUGCCUGGGAAGAAGGCAUCGUCCAGGACAGCUGCCGACAUCGUGCUGCAGAAGCUGCAGCUUUCUGGACAUGGUGAAUCGGUCAGCUCUGAUGAGCCCUCCGCCAAGGACAUUCUCAGCCUCUCGCAUGCCCUCACGGUAUCCGGGGUGUUGUCCUUGGAGGCCUACGCUGAGAUGAGGAGGUUGCUGCGGCGGACAGCUGCAAGGCUGGAUGAGAGCACUUUUGUGCCCUUGCCGGCACGUAGCGAGGGCGAGGUGUCGUGGGAUCAGCCGCGCGUCCUUGGUUACCUCGGCGACGGAGAUGUGGCGGUGCUGUGGAAGCCGCCGAAUUGGACUGUGUCCCUGGGACGUGAGGACUUGGAGCCGGAUGGCGCGGAGAAUGGUGCCGCUGCAGGUGCAGAUGGCGGUCUUCCCCUUCAAGACUGGGUCUCCGCCACUCUCGGGGUCCGACACGCGGUGUGCAAGGACCGCUCCCAUGAUUAUGGCCUGGCGCACCGCCUGGACCGAUUCACGUCAGGAGCUGUGCUAUGUGCCACCAGCUACGCCGGACUUUACUUGACACAGCUGGAGUUUGCAACGCGGCGGGUUGGCAAGAUCUACCUCGCGCUGUGUGUGGGGCUGGUGCGCUGCAACAGGCUGGUGGAGGCGCCAUUGUCGGGUGGCCGCAAAGCGGAUGGCUCCUGGCACAGCUACGUGGAUACGGCUGGAAGGACUGCAAGGACGGAGAUCCUCGAGGUUUCGCACCUAAGCGAUGGCCAGCACACCUUCAGUCUUGUGGAGAUUCGCUUGCAUACCGGCCGGCAACAUCAGAUUCGAGCGCAUCUCGCUUCAGAAGGGCAUGCGCUGGUCGGCGAUUCGCAGUAUGGUGGACCUGUGCCACAGUGGUGUCCACGAACAUUCUUACACGCAUCACGGGUAGCCCUGGAGGGCGGCGAGGUGACCUGCCCGCUGCCUAGGGAUUUGCUGGACGCCCUGGCGAAGCUGGAGCCUUGCUCGAAGGCGUGCCGCGCGCUGAAGUUGCGCGCGCAGCAGGAGGAAAACCCUGUUUUAUGAUCGCCCUGCAUCAAUGGUUGCAUGGGCUUCCACAUCCUGGCAUGAGGUUAUCAAACAUCGGGAGCCCUUCAAAUAUGGCACCAUCUUGAACGAC